AUGGACCUCGAUUUUGACCUUGACGCUGCUCUAUGGGCUGGUGAUUUGGAACCGUCUAGCAACUACCAAUCUCAUGAUUCCCGGAUGAGCGUCGAUUUCGGGGACAGUAUGCCCGCUGAUUUCCUGUUCGCCGAGGACGAGGGCGUUUUCCCGGUGGCCUCCUUUUAUAACCCGCCCUUAUCCCAAGCCAUCAACAUCCCGCAACCGCCUUCGGCCCCAUCACCCACGAGGACGGUGUUCCCGGCUUCCCGCUCCGAGGCUGGAUCAGACGAUGCCAAAUCUCUCGAGGAUGGAUCCCCCAAUGGCUUGGCACGGGAACGACUUCGCCGGCAGCUCUCGCUUUUGUCGAAAGGGUGGGCUGGAGACGAGAUUCGGUUCAAGAACUGCGACCCGUCCAAGGCUGUUGUGCUGCAUACGUUAGCCAUUGAACUUGGCCUAGGAUAUAACCAUGAUGUCAGGAGCCGCGAGGUUUCCAUGUCACGUCUCGAGUCAGCGCAGGUCGCCUCGAAGCCCCAGCAGCCUCCGCGUCGGCUUUCAUCGACACUGUCCCGGUCUUCCACCGAACUUGACUCCGCACUCUGCCUCCCUAAUCUACCCUCCGUGCCGGAAUUCCACGCCGUCGACAUCACUGCGCAUUUUAAUAUGAGCCAGGAGUCCAUAUCGCAAUCUUCUCAGACUGUCCGUACAGAGUCAGGAGACCAGCAGCUGGUACGCCGGCCGAGUCGCAGCGAGCGCAUCACCGAUUCCAUCAGCAAGCAUGUCUCCACGCUCAAGACAUCUAUCUCCAAAGGUGGGCGGCGUGGGCCGCUGACCGAGAACGGGCGUCGGGAUAUGAGGGCCUUGGAAGCGGCUGGAGGAGCGUGUUGGAGAUGCAAGGUGCUCCGGCGUAAAUGUGACCCCGGAAGCCCAUGCAGGUGCUGUUUGCAGAGCGUGCCGAUGCCUCACCUCGGCGAAGAUGCGCCUUUGUGGCCCCUGAUCGGCUGUCGACGUGGACCCCUGCGAGACUCGAUACCCCGACAACUGCUGUGUCCCGAGCCGAAGUCCGGGCUUCACCAUGACGUAUCGACGAUAUCUCGCCGGUGCCGUUCUGUGGGAAUUAUCGAACGGUGCCUUCUCUCCGCGGAAAGCCAGCGGCUGGCCGACAUGAAAGCGGUUCUCGAAGGGGCCGGUUCCAAGAUAUCGAUUUCAGACCCGACAUUCCAGGCCUCUUUCUCCUCCUUUAUCGAAGCCGGACGAUACCGUGACCGAGGUUCGCUACAACGGAGCUACAUGUGCGGGGACAGUCCCGUUACAUACACCGAGUUGAUCGCCACUGUUGCGUGGGAACUUGCGGAUAACCAGGGGGUGCUGGCGUCCCUUGAAAUCAAAUCAUGGACGAGCUUCAUGGGCAUGUUGGAGACUGCGUCCAUUUACGAGGCCGAGGUUGGCCAGACAUCGCUUGUUAUUCUGUCCAUAGUGUGUUUGAGACAUUGCCUGGAGGCGCUCCGACUACACGCCGCGAACCUUCUCUCGCCAGGUGGCCAUGACGAUUGCGGCGGCGGACAAUGCCACGUGGAAUGCAUCGACAACUUGCGGUUCCAGGUCGCGGCUUACGUCGACGAACUCUCGUCCGUCAUAUUUAACAAGGAGAACAUGCGCGACAGGAAGUGGUGGUUGUCGACAUUUUACAGCUUGUACAUCCAAAGCUACGUGCGACACGCCCUUGUGAUUAUCGAAAAGCAGCUUCGAUUUCAAUUAGUCGACGAUGUCCCGGCCGAGGAUCUGACCACCACCCAAUACCUCCACCUUCCCGCAGUGCUAUUCACGGCAGCGUCGGCGAAAUACGAUCCCCUUUUGGAUGGAAGACUCCAGUAUGCCUUGAUGGAAAACUCGGUUAUUCCGGAGACAUCGGUUCCUGAGUUGCAUCACGCUUCCGCUCGGCAGGCUUGCGAGGUGGACAAAUGGCCCGAGGCAGGAAUCCGGACCCCGUAUCAGUUUCUUCGGCGGCUGCUCCAGAUCGGUUCACUCGACUUCUUUGAUUCAGGGCUGGACACCUCGGGUGCGACAGGGCCGAGGUCUCCGUUGUCGUUGGCUUCGCCUUCGUCGGCUAGGGGCAAGGUGGAAUCGCCCAUUUCUCCUGGUUUAGGGGCAUUUGAGGACGGACUGGGAUUCCCGCGGCCGCCUUUUGAUCAGAGCAAGAGAGAUUCAUGGAACAGCCGUUACUCGAGACAACCGUCUACGAAAUUCUCGAACCAGAGCUCGGACAGCUUGGCGCGAACGAUGUCCACCGAUGUGACGAGCAUCUACGAAGCCUCCAUCCUAGCGGGCGUCUCCUUCUCGGGCAGUGUCGCCGACCUAAAGGGGGACAUGUGCCUCGAUCUGACGACCAUCAACCCCUCCGCGCUGUUUGCGACCCACCAUAACGGCUCAUCGCAGUCACUCGAACAGGCCAUGGCGGAAAGCGUGGCUCGGCACGACGGGCCGGCUGUUGGGACAGUUCCGGGCCUCAGUUCCGAACCGACUUUUGUUUGCAACUGUUGCCCGCGAGCCCCGCGGCAUUUCCAUACGAGCGAAGAGCUUACACACCACGAAGCCGAGAAGCCGCACCCGUGCACGCAGUGCAAGAAGCGUUUCAAAUCCCCCACCGAAGCCGAGCGUCACCUCAACGCAAUCCACCUGAAAGCCGAUUUCUGGUCAUGCAAGGUGCUCGAGAACCCGCUACUGGCAUACCACGUCCAAACGUACCACGGCGUGACCUUUGACGUCUGCGGCUUCUGUGGCGGAGAGUUCGCCCGAAAGGAGAACCCGAACCGGGAUAGUGGGGGAAACGUGGGCGAGAUGGUGGCGGACCGGGAGGCAUUGGUGGCGCAUGUUGAAUCGGUGCAUCGGAUCACGGACUGUGAUCGGAACAAAAAGUUUUACCGCGCGGAUAACUUUCGGCAGCAUUUGAAGAACACGCAUGUGGCGCUGCCGGGGAAGUGGUUGAAGUCGCUGGAGAAGGCGUGUCGGAGCACGGCGGUGACGCCGGGUGAUGGGGGGGCUAUGGGGAUGGGGAUGGGAACCGCGAUGGGAGCCGGGAUGGGGACAGGAAUGGGGGUGGGGUUGGGGUUGAUGGAUGGUUCAGGUGGGCGGGUGUGA